AUAAAUCUGAAUUUUGAAUUUAAAUCUCAUAAAUUCUAAAUCCCAUGAAUCGGUAGAUUUAGGAGAUUUAUGGGAUUUACAGGAUGUGCGCAGGGAGUAGGAUGGACUUACGCUGAUGCUCCAAAAGAGUUUAAUUGGAUUCAUAGGAUUUAGAAAAGUUUUGUUGCCAUACAAUUUUCCAUCCAGAAUUUAAUGAAUCUUGAUUUACAGGAUUGAUUAAAUCCUAAUAACUUAAAUGUGUUGCCAGACAGCUUCACCUAGAAAUUUAACGAGUUCGUAUUGGAUUCGGGCGAAUUAAAUUUAUAAAAAAUAGUUUUGACAGUCAAUUGGAUGGUGGCCUUCAUUUCCUAUUAUUCUCAAUGCAAAAAUAACUCAAUUUGACUCCUAGAAUCCCCGAAACCCGAAGCUCAUGCUUUAGUGCACAGUUGGCGUUCAGAAACCCUCGUCGAGGUCGAGGAGAAGGCCCGCAGUGGCAUUUUACUGCUUCUGGAUGUAAAUUGGAUCAAUGGCGAUGGGGAAUGAAAAUGGUGCCAGAAAAGCUGUUUCAAUCUUUAUCAGAUUAUAUAGUAGCGGCUGGAAACCAAUUACAAGAGCUUAUAGUUCCUGCUCGGAAACCCAAGCUGAAAUUUCCAACCCCAUGAAGCAGAUUUACCGGAUCAUGUCAUCCUGCCCCAAAAUGGCACUAGAGAAAACCUUGGAUGAUAGUGGCAUAUGGGUUUCGCCGGACAUGGCUGAGGAGGUCCUUCACCAUUUUGAAAAUGCCGGCAUGCUUGCCUAUCACUUCUUCACAUGGACUCGCAAGCAGCGAGAAUAUUCCACCACUACUUCGGCCUACCACUCCAUCAUUACUUCCCUUGCUAAGAUUCGACAGUAUCAGCUCGUAUGGGAGAUAGUUGGAUGCAUGCGCCAUGAGGGAGUCCUCAAUAUCGAAACUUUCUCAAUCAUAAUUCGCAAAUAUGCUCGGGCUCAAAAGGUUGAUGAGGCGCUGUACACCUUCAAUGUCAUGGAGCGGUACGGCUUAGUCCCAAAUCUUGCUGCUUUCAACAGCUUGCUAAGCGCUUUCUGCAAAUCUAAGAAUGUGAGGAAGGCCCAAGAGGUGUUCGAUGAAUGGCGCCACCGGUUCAAACCCGAUGUCAAAACAUACAGCAUUUUACUCGAAGGGUGGGGGCGAGAGCCCAAUUUACCUAGGAUGUGGGAGGUGUUCGAUGAGAUGACAGAGACCGGCUGCAUUGCAGAUAUUGUCACAUAUGGCAUUAUGGUUGACGCCCUUUGCAAGGCAGGCUCAAUCAUCGAUGCUGUAAAUCUAGUCAGGGAGAUGCCCUCUAGGGGCUGCCAACCAACGUCUUUUAUCUACAGCGUACUGGUUCACACAUAUGGUGUGGAGCGGCGUAUUGAGGACGCGGUUGAUACCUUCUUGGACAUGCAGAAGAACGGCGUGAAUCCAGAUGUUGCAGCAUAUAAUGCUCUGAUAUCAGCCUUUUGCCGGGCAAAUAGGUUUGAGAAUGCUUUAAGAGUUUUAGAAGAAAUGGGACAUAAGGGAGUUUCGCCGAAUUCAAGGACCUGCAACACAAUUCUGAGCAGCUUGAUAGGUGUUGGAGAGAACGAUGAGGCAUAUAGAGUUUUCCGUAGGAUGAUCGAGUAUUGUGAGCCAGACUCGGAUACAUAUACGAUGAUGAUAAAGAUGUUCUGUGAGACGGACAUGUUGAGUAAGGCUUUGAAGGUGUGGAAGUACAUGGGAUUGAAGCGGCAUGUUCCAAGCAUGCAUACUUUUUCUGUUCUUAUCAAUGGUUUGUGUGAGGAAGGGGAAGUCGGUCGGGCUUGUGUUCUUAUGGAAGAGAUGAUUGAGAAAGGCAUCAAGCCACCAGAAUCAACACUUGGGAGAUUAAGGCAAUUGUUGCUGAAGGAAAAAAGAGAAGAUGUUCUAGAGUUUCUUGUGGAAAAAAUUAAGCUUUUGGUCAAAGAACCUUUAUGUGAUUAAUGGAAACCCGUGGAUUUUCUAAUCGUGUUGGGCUAUGGCUCUAUUUAUAGAAGGUUGGAGGACCUUAUAGCUUAGGCAGUUCAAAUGGCAUCAUCCACUUUUCUUAUUCAGGCGUAAAGGUUUUCGCCUCCAUUGUUUCAUCGAAUUUGCGCCUUUUAUCUUAUUUAUCAAUCACACGAACUUUGAUGUGCGAUCGACGGCGA